UAAGCACGCACAUAUACCUGGAGUGGAGUCUUUGUGCGUGUGUGUCUCUCCGCCACCAAGAUGACCAAGGCAUACGGGGACUGGGAUUUUGUUUGGCUGCAGUGACAGAAGACUCUCUAACUCACCUGAAACGGAACACACACUAUACAUACACUCAUUUUUGAUCUCCUCACCUGCUCUUACACUUUCUUUUAAAAGAGUAGUGUGAGCUCACAGGCAGUAGUCCUGCUGUUUUGCCUGGUGGACAGCCGCAAUGUCGUGGGACUGUGGCCUGAAGCACAUGUUCUCCGUGUCCCCUGCGCUGCAGCCGGGGAGCAUGUGUAUCCUGCAUGACAAGGAGGACCUGUCCAGACUGGAGAUGGUCCAGAGAAUGGCCAAGGAUGGCUGCCGCUUCCUGCAGAACCACAGCAAGGGCUCAGAGAGGACAAGCGAGCCCCAGAGUGACGAGGCAGUCCGCGUGUGUCUGAGGGAGAGGGGCCACGAUGUGCUGGUUCUCCAGAGAAUAUCAUCAGAGCAGCCAGCCCUCUCUGCAACAGCGAGGGGAGGAGGGAGAGUGGAGGCGAGGAACAGGAGGUAUAUGGUGGUAUCGGGGACGCCAGAGAAGAUCCUGGAGCACUUGCUGUGUGACCUGACACUGGAUGACAACCAGGGGACAACACCCAGCAAAGAGUCAGAUACACUUCUGGAUGAUUUUCUGCUGACCUACCCAGUGUUCAUGUCAACCAGUGACUUAUGUCAAGCUCUGCUGGGGCACUAUUGCACCAAGCGAUACAGAGGGAAAGAGGACAGGAAAGAGGCUCUGGAGAGGAAACGAAAAGUCCUGCACCUGGUGUCACAGUGGAUGACCCUCUGUAAAGACUUCCUGAGGGAGGACGAGCAUGUCAAACUGUUCAUGAAGACUUUGUAUCGCUACGUGUUGGAUGAUCUCUAUGAGCACCCGUUCCUGGAGAAGGAUGUGAGGGAACUACAGAAACUGUACCAGCUGCAUCGCAGACAUGCGGUGGAUGAAUAUUCCCCUCAAAGAAAGGGCAAAGCCCUUUUCCACCAAUUGAGUUUGAAAGAGAACGGGCUUCCGUCCAGAGGUACACAGAGGGAGACCAAAGAAGUGCUGUGUCACGUGUAUAUUACCAUGGAGUCGUUCCUAAGUAUGAGGGCCAAUGCCGGGAUAGUGGCCCAGGAGCUGCUGCAGGCAGUGGCAGAAAGGAUGGAAGUCCCACUGGGGAAACUGGUGCUAGUGGCUGUCACUUACAAUGAAGGUAGGCUCCUCCUGCAGCCUCAGGACAGAGUCUUCUCUGAUUCUUUACGACCGGUUGGGAGACUGCAUGUGUGCAGGAAGGAUCUGGGUGAAGUCCUGAACCCGUUCACAGAUAACUCAGAACUGCAACAGAGAACGGCUCGCAUGCUCAGUUUAAACACAUGGGACGUGGCCGUUGCUCUCACCAACUUCGACUGGACCAUCUUUGACUCAAUACACGAGCAAGAACUCGUCUAUUUCACCUUCAGCCGCCACAGUAGCAGUAGCCACACUGUGGCGUUGGAGCUGCUGCUGCAACGCUGCAAUGAAGUCCAGCUGUGGGUGAUGACUGAGGUGCUGCUGUGUCCAACGCUCUGCAAAAGGGUCCAACUCAUCAAGAAGUUCAUCAAGAUUGCUGCCCACUGUAAAGCACAGAGGAAUCUCAACUGCUUCUUUGCCAUUAUAAUGGGCCUGAACACUGCAGCUGUUAGCCGCCUCGGUCAGACAUGGGAGAAAAUUCCUGGGAAAUUCAAAAAGCUGUUUUCAGAGCUGGAGACGAUUACAGAUCCCUCGCUGAACCACAAGGCCUACAGGGACUCCUUCAAGAAGAUGAAGGCGCCAAAGAUCCCAUUCCCUCCUCUGCUACUGAAAGAUAUUACGUUCAUUCACGAAGGCAACAAAACGUUUCAGGACAACCUGGUCAAUUUCGAAAAGCUGCACAUGAUAGCAGACACAGUGCGUCUCAUCCGGCAGUGUCAGAAAGAUCACAUGGGUAAUGGCAUCACCCAGAAGAGCAGCUCAGAAGUGCGAGCCUACAUUGAUUACCUGCAUAUCAUCGACAAUCAGCAGACUCUGUUUGAACUGUCACACAGGCUGGAGCCUCGUGCUUAGAGAGCAGCUCUUACUGCACUUCCCACUGUGUCAGCCAUGCCGUUGGAUUGCCAAGAAACAAUCUAUCGCUGUCUCAUCUAUCUCUCAGGACUCACUCAGCAAUCAGAGGACGGUGCAUGAUCCUGGCUGACCACAGGAGGGAGCCGCUCAAUCAGGAAACUCUCACCAGGGAUGGGAACAAGCAGACAAAGGUUAAAUGCAUAAAUGUUUGCAUAGAUCCACAACAAUGUCACUGAUCCAAAACACCUGAUAGCAGACCUGCCUAUUCCACCAACUUAUGCUGACUGGUGGUAAGAAAAAAAUAUGGAUGUCUUGAUCCGCAGGUCCAAAUCUGCUGCUGCUAUUACUACACUGUUGCACAGAUGGCAGACGUUGGCAGAGCUGUUCCAACAAUGACACAACAGCUCCCCCCUGUGGAGAAUAAGCAGCCUGCAAUAAGAGUCUGUUUGCAGGUUAAGUGCUUCCCACCUAAAAUAAAGAUACAGAAAAUGAAUGUUCAAACAAACAAAGUGUUGGGCAUGGAAGUUCAUUCCGGACAUUGACAACAGUAUGUUUGACAAGAAGGUCCACCGACUAGCCUUUCCAGAGAUUUUAACCACAUAAAUCACAUCACACAAAGUGAUUGAGAUGGAGGUUAACUCAUGAUACUGUACAACUUUUUGUAUUUGUGGUGUUGAAAGAUCUGGCAGCUGGGGUUGUUUCAUCUGAGUUAACCAAAGAGUACAUUGGUCCUAUAUAUUGUAAACAUACUUCUGUUUUCGUCAGAGUGCGACAAGAUCCAGUCGAAGACAUGCACACACUACUAAAUCAGUACAGUGUAUGCAAAACAGCUGAAUCACAUGACAGAGAAAGUGAAAAUGAUUGUUAAAUAUUUAACAUUGUCAUAUAUUAUUUUCAUCUUCUAUUUUUACAUUGCAGAGUUCUCUUACCGUACAGUUUUCUAUUGUUUAACCAUGAAGUCUAUCAGAAGAGGCAUUCAUUCAAUUCAUUAGAGCGGGACAUUAAGUAAGAAUACAAGUAUACUGAAUAUCUGUGGUGUGUGGCAAAUGUUGUGUUUGCUGUCUGAAUUAUAAUCACGUAUGUUAGUGCCAAAUACCAUUACAAAAUAGAAACGCCUAUUCAAAGUAAUGCUAAUUGCUCAUCUUUUUAAAAACUUAAGGAUCUCCAUCUAGUUGAGCUGUGGACAAUCAGUUAAAAGGAAGCAGAAGACCCUGAUACAUCUGUAUUGGUCUUUAAAGUUCAGGUUGAAAUACAGUGCAUUUUGCCACACAGAUAGUGUUUGAUUCGUUGAGGUUUGGGGAGGUUGGCUUUAGCUGUGUCGUACUCACCAGAAAUUGGCAUUUGAAAAACUCGGCAACAGCAUGUCUUUCCAAAAAACAAAGACAUGGUGACUCACAACAACCCACGAACUGUCACAGAAAGUAAAGAGCAAUAGCAAAAACAACUAUUACAGCACCUUCCAGACAAAAAAAUGAGAGAAAGAAAAAUAGAAGCCAUUUGCUUAUGUAAAGUGUGUAUUAACAAUCCUGUAUACGACAGUAUUGUUUGUAGUUAUAGAAGAUACCGUACAGUAUUUAUCCUCUAGAGUUGUCAACUGAAAACUCUCACCCUGAGGUUAGAAGUGUUGUCGAUGGAUUACGUUCUUGAAAUUGAAUUUCUAUAUUUCGGAUGUUAAAGCCCAUAGUGAACAUGGAGAGAGAAAUGCUUUAGCAGUAUGCAUCUUUUCUUUGUAUCAACAACAAUGUACGGUUGAUUCUAUUUAUACUGUGUAUGUAUACGUGUUGAAAUUCAGGAUAUGGAUAUUGAUUUAUUUCAGAAUUAUUUAUUUGUUCUACAGACAUUACUUUUAUUAGUCCAGUUUGAUUUCAUGUUUUUUUUGUACGCACCGAUUGGCUGGUCUGCAUGAUAUGGCAAACCGUGGAUUGACCGGCAGUGUCAACUGUGCAUGCAAUAAAAUAUUUUUCAUCAUCAUAAGUUGGUUAUUGUCAAAGAUAUAUAUUUACAUGUAUAUGGUGGUGGGAACAUUCAUUUUAAACAAGGAAAUUCAAAUUCAAACUCUUACAUCUGACAUUAUAGCAAAUAUUAAAAUUAUAGCAGUACUGGUUAUCGUAAAUUCGGACUGAUUGUGCGGUCCAUGCUUGGGUUGUGGUUUUUAACAUAGUUAAAGGAUCAAACAGACAUCACUUGAUAAAAAAAGUGCAUGUAGGAAACCACAAACAACUGAUUUAGUAAUAACACAAAGGAAAAAGAAGGGCCAUUGAAUGCAGAAGAGUGACAGUUUAAUAUGCUCCAUAUGUGCACAAACAGGCAGAAAAAGUACAUAAAGACAUGGAGCUAGUCUGUAUCGCUUCGUGUUUCAAGCUUGCCAUCAAGCAUAAUUCAUUUUCUUACUUUUUUGCAUUCAAGGGCUCCGAUCUUUUCUUUUUUUGUCAGAAAAGUAUAUUCAUAACCAGCUUUCAACAUUAAAUGGGUUCAUCGGCCCUAUAAUUAAAUAUCAGACCAUCUCGGUCUCCACUGAAGCUUCACUGCCUCUCUGUGGCCGCAUGAGUAUGAUACAGUUUUUGUAAAUGUAUUUGUUAACCAUUGAAAUGCCUUUAAUUAUUUUGGUAUAUAUUGUUUUACAUGGCAUAUUCUACAACAUUGUGCUUAA